AUGAAUACAAUUCAAGGAGAAGUGGUGGGAUUCAGAAAACUCUUGCCCAUAAUAGCAAAGGAAAACUAUCUCAAGGAAGGCCCAUCCUUAUCAAACGAUAACAAUAGUGAUAUUCCUUGGUUGGCAAACCCUGGAUCUAAUGUUCACAUCGGAGCUGGUUGUGAUUCUUGCGGAGUGUUUCCAAUCAUAGGGGAUAGAUACAGAUGCAAAGACUGCAAGGAGGAAAUUGGGUAUGACCUUUGCAAAGAGUGUUACGAGACUCCUUUGAAAGUUCCAGGGAGAUUUAACCAGCAACACACUCCAGAUCACAGGCUUGAUCUGCAGGAGGCUCCUCGGCUGGCGAGGGAUCCUCAGUGGGCGGAUGUUCCUCAGCUUAUGAUCACUAUCAAUUCUAUUGCCUAUAUUCUCGGACCUUCGCUUAACUCAUUGGAAGGGGUGGAUACAGAUGAGGGCGAGGAAGGGCCACCUGGUUCUUCUAAUGAGUCAUCAAGCACAGAAUGAAUUUGUGUUUGCGUUUGUUAUUAAUAUUUAUUGUAUAUUGUCUAUGGUUUUUAACAUUUUAAACGAAGCUUAUUUCUUACGAGCGUAAAAAGAAAACAAACAACAUAAAAAAGA